AUGUCUACUUAUGACAAUCGAAUUCAGAGGGAGGCGGCUUCUGCUGCCAGCACCACUAUAGCACUCCAUGAGAAGGACAGCCUUGAUGCUCCGUUUUCCCAGCAACCUCAUCUUUCUUCGACCAACCUUGAGUCCACUUUGUCUGCACGCGACCUUUUUGAGCAACAGCAACAGCAAUCUCCUGGCCUCGCCCCGUUUGCCGCUCCUACGCCCACACCCACGAUCACACCGCCUGUCAGCUCCACAUCGGUCCUGUCCGCCGGCCUCGCAAAGCUGCCAAGCCUUCGAGUACGUCGGCCAAGCCUUGGACGUAAUGAAAAACGGAAAGAGAAGCGUCUCCGCGACGAGGAGCUCCCUGAUGACCGGUCGGAUUAUCGGGGUGUUCAGGAGGAUAUCAAGACUGCCGAGGCCACCGGAGCAAAACUACGUCGGAGGUCAAAAGACAUUGAUAACGAGAAAGAGGGAGAAAAGGGAAAGAAGGCAAAAGAAAGGGGGAGAGAGAGAGAAAAGGAAAAGGAAAAGGAAAAAGAAAAGGAAAAGGAAAAGGAAAAGGAAAAGGAGAAGGAGAUCAGUGGUGGAUCUAGGAUUUCCCGCAAUCGAGAAAAGUGGUCACUCAGUUGGUGGGGAACCUCCAUAGACCCUUCGCUAGUAAAUGCCUCUCCGCCGUCCUGUCAAGUAAACACCACUUUUGUCCCCGUUGGUGGUGGAGAGCCAUUGCGCCAGUCAUCAGAUGAUCGACAAGCUGCUGGCGUCCAGCAGCAUCAGCCGAACGAGGCCAGUAGGCUAUCCUGCGGGGAGAUAGGUGAACUCAACAGCCUUGUUCGGACAACUACAGACAAGCUACAGUUGCCUGGGCUGCCGCGUGGCUUAUCAUUGACUGGUAAGAAGGCGAAAUCAUCGUCUCGACGCGAGACGAUCGCUGUGGUACAGGACAGCAGUGCUCUUGGGACUCUUGAACGAGAUCUAAUGGUAGGCUCAUUGUUUCUAUAA